AUACAUUAUUAUUAUACAUUAUAAAUAUCAUAAAUAUAUAUAAAUAUCUUUGGGUGUGAUCAGUUGUUUUUCUAUUUCACACGCCCAUUGUAGUGCACACAUGUGUAAACACAACAAACUACAGUUCGCCGCGGACUACCGGCCCUGAACGCAGCACGCGGCCCGCUGUAAACUGCGUAGCGGCCGUCCGGACCGCUUCCCGCUACUAGGGCGGGUCUUUUGUGUGUCGCUGCUACAGGGAUACCAAGAUGGAAAUCCAGGGGCUUUCUGAUGCCCAAAACAUUCACUCUCAACAUGGCGCCCUACACACAACCACUCCAUCUCCGCUGCGAACAGCCACAGGCUCGAUACCCCGUUUCAUCUCCGCCGAAAACGAAGCGGAUCGACUGCUGGAGUCGUCUGCGCCACAAAGUGACAACAACAGCAACACCAGGCCGAGGACAUCUCCGUUUCACCUACUGGCGGAAAAUGGCAGCGGGGCGGCUUGUUCGUCUGUCAGCAGACCGCAGCCCGCCGACAGACCCGGCGGACUGGCUCAUAGACCGAGUGUCGGACUUCAGAACUUAAACACAGAGAAGGAAAAUGAGUUGAAUUCAUUGCUCGGUUCGCAUGAGUUUGUUAGGACUGCCUGGAAAUAUGGCGUAGAGAGCGGGGACGCCGUGAUGCAAAUGGCGCUGCCUCUGUUUGAAGGGGAAGAGGAGUCGGUGCCGCAGCGGCACUUAACGUUACCGUUUCCAGUUUUACGGCAGCAGCGUGAGGACGGCGCCCUGAAGCAGCAGCCCUCCCCGGACUGCCACAGCGCCGCUGCGCCGGGGACCCUGAACACGGUGAACAGGGCAGAUAAACCCACCAAGGAAUUGUAUGUUGUUUUUAACGUGGUUCAAGAGGAUGGCAGCGGCGAGGCAAGCAGACACCGAGCGGAUGUAUCGUCUGAGGACGGCGAUCAAAUGAAAGGUAAAAAGUCGAGUCCCGCUGGCUCCAUGGAGCUCGGAAACAGCAGUGACGUUAUUCUCUGCGAAUCUAACGACAACUUGAACGGUCUCGACCCCCAGCUCUUGAAAAAGACCGAGCAUGUUUUCAACUUGUUAAAUGACAGCUCUGCUGCCAAACAGACUGUCUACCAUCAGACUGUCGAAGACGUCGUCCUCACAAACAAAUAUGGCGAGAAGAUUUGUGGCCAGAUUUGUACCGAAAACAACGAAACGAAGCUGGUCAGGGAGCUUUCGUCGCACCCCCGUAUCGACGAGAGCAGUGCCUUGAUUUCAGGGAGCUCGGGCAUCGUGGAGGCCAUGGACACGUCGGACUUCAUUUCAGACUCAGCGGGGCUGCAGGGCUGUGCCAACCCCGCCACGGCCUCCACAAGCCCGCCUGCCAGUGAAACCUUUUCCGGAACUAUCACGAUAAACAACCAAAGCAUCAUAGUGACUAUAGAGAACGGGAUACUGACUCUCGCUGCCCCACCGGAGGGCUAUGUGCACAAAGAGGAUGACAUGGUCAGCUUAAAGGAGCACCUUGGCAUGAAAGAUCAUGAGGAUAUUGUUCUUCUCAACUAUGACAGUGGCACGAAAUCCAUCGGAAAGAUCAGCACGCUGGCUGUGUCCAGCUCCAACCAACAGGAAGAGCCCAGACCCGCUCUGUCUGUGAGUGACUCUGAGCUGGCUCUGGUGGAUGACUGCUCGUUGUCCGAGCUAGGCACUUCUCUGGAUUCAUGUCCCAUCAUCAAGCAGGAGGCGGGGGCACUGUGCGCUGUAACAGAGGCUGAUCUCACCCCACACCCUAAAGCCACUGUAGCAGACUGUGACAACGGGGACUUCCAGACAGCGCCGCUAAUCAGGACCAAAAAAGAGACCGUGGCCUCUUUUGGCUGUCCAGAAGCAGGCUGCUCCUGUGUCUUUGACACGCGUCAGAAACUCAAGGUUCACCUCCUGAACCACGCGGAGGACCCGCGGCCCUACCAGUGCAGCAUUGAAGGUUGCGGCUGGGCUUUUGCCACCUCCUACAAGUUAAAGCGGCACCUUCAGUCCCACGACAAGCAGCGGCCGCACACCUGUCAGUUCGAAGGCUGCGGCCGGCGUUUCACCACGGUCUACAACCUUAAGGCUCAUGUCAAAGUCCAUGAGCAGGACAAUGCCUUCAUCUGCGAGAUCUGCAGCGAGAGGUUUCGCAGUGCUACGCGACUCACCAAUCACCAGAGGGUCCACUUCGAGCCGCAGAGGCCCCACAAGUGUGAAUUCCCAGGCUGUGAGAAAACCUUCAUCACCUUCAGUGCCCUGUUCUCCCACAAUCGCACUCACUUCAGAGAAACGGGCCACUUCACCUGCAACUACCCAGGCUGUGACAAGACGUACGACAAGGCCUGCCGUCUGAAAAUCCAUAUGAGAAGUCACACAGGUGAGAGGCCGUUUGUGUGUGACUCAGAAGGCUGCGGCUGGUCCUUCACCAGCAUGUCUAAGUUGCUCCGACAUAAACGGAAACAUGAUGACGACCGUCGCUUUGUCUGCACAGAGGAGGGUUGUGGGAAAUCCUUCACCCGGGCAGAGCACCUCAAGGGUCACAGUAUCACCCAUCUGGGCACCAAGCCCUUCCAGUGCCAUGCAGAAGGCUGUAAUGCCAAGUUUUCAGCACGCAGCAGCCUGUACAUCCACUCCAAGAAACACAAACAGGACGCGAGCACCCUGAGGACCCGCUGUCCUGUGGCCAACUGCUCCAAGCACUUCUCCUCCCGCAGCAGCCUUAAGAGCCACAUGCUCAAACACCACCACCUCAGUCCUGAUGUUCUUAGCCAGAUGGAGACCACACCCACCCUAACCCCCAGCAGCGAGCUCAUCAGCUCCACCGCAACAACAGUUGCCGGUCCUGGUAUUACUGGGGCCGACCAGCUGACCAACUUGGACCUUAGCUCUCUCUUUUCCACUGUGCCUGGAGGCACUGCACCCACCGCCGGCAUCGGAGUGGGAAUUCCUGUCAGUGGGAGCAGCUCUAAUGGCACGUUCACCAUGGACCUCUCCCUGAUCAGUUCAGGCAUCCUCACCAUCGACCCCUCCUCAGUCGGCACCACACUCUGUGCUGGCACCAGCACCACGCUGGCCAAAGCUGUGGACCCUCUUAUUCUGGCAGCCAGCACUGACAUGGGCCCACACCAUGGUCUGGAAGGAUCCGUGGGUGAUGUCCUGCCCCCACAGGCCACUCUCAAUCUGGAUGACGUGCAGACGGUUACCCCAGAGGCCCUGGGAACCCUCACAGCUCUCACCAUGCAGGCCGCUGGCGUCUCUGUGGACCCCACCUUACAGCACCCACUCAGCUCCUCCAGUGCCCUGAGUGUGGAGCCCACAGCCUCCCUGGCAGUGGCCCCCGUUGCUGAACUGCUGGCCUCGCCCUCAAAGGUGGUGGAGGUGGGCGGCCAGGGAGGAGCUGGUCCUCUGAUGGGCUGUGUGGAGGUACUGGGGCCUCAAGAAGGAGGAAAGGUCCUCACCCAGUUUGUUUUCCCCGGGCACAGCAGCAGCUUCAGCCCACAGAAGGACCAGGAACUCAAUGCUGUGUCACCGAGCAGCUUCCUGGAGAGCGGAGGCUCAGCCAGGACAGACUACAGAGCCAUCCAGCUGGCCAAGAAGAAGAAGCAAAGAGGUCCUUCGGCUUCCUCUGGGAGCUCAGGAUCAAGUCAGAGAAAAACUAAAGCGGCGAAGGCGGCCACUGCUCCAGCACCAAUGGCUCCCUCUGCUGCUCGUUACAGUGAAGGAGCUGCAGCAGCCAAUGGGGGCCUGACUCUGCGAGACCCCGUCACCGGGGCCCAGUACGUUCAGAUUCAACUGCUGCAGGACGACCCGGCCAGUGACGGCGACCUGGCCUUCCAGCUGAGCUCGCAGCCAUCCAACUCCCACUCUCAGCUCACCACCGACCUGCCCGUCAACAUUUUACAGGAACCUUCAGUGAUUACGGAGGACGACAAUGGCUCUGACAACUCCCAGUUCACAGGAAGCACAAUCAACCUUCAGGACUUGGAGUGACCCCCACAGAGCUGCAAGUCAGACGUCUGCUGAGAAGAUCCGCCUCAGUGGCACCUCAUCACUGUCCAGUUUACAUCAACGAACGUACCGUGAGAUGUUUGACUCUAUCAAACAGUUGCCUCAUCUUUUCCCAGAACUUUGAAAGCCUUCUUGGACAUGUGGUUGAUAUAGUUGGGGGAGCGGAGAGCAGGGGGUGGACAUGAGUCCACAGAAUAAUGCACCUUGAGAAGAGGAGAUGAGGAUUCUUUGUUCGGAUGAUAAUUAUGUGUUUAAGUCCACUUUGUACCAAAUUCAUGUAAGAGACUCUCCCUCUGUGGGUUUGGACAGUAAUGGUGUCUAUUCCAUGGUGCCGCAUUGCCACUCAUGCACACAGUGCGCUGUCUACGCUCCAGUUGCCUUACAGACACCUCACGCUGUGCAUUCCUCCACUGGCGAGUUAUCUGCUUUAUUUGUCGCUCUUUUGAUUUCUUAACGUUUUGUUAGAUUUAUUUUUCUAUGGCAGCAGUAAGUCCAUGUUGAAAACAUGCCUCAUGUGUUUAUAUACCGUAUGUAAUGAGUUACUACCUUCUUGUAAUAAUUUUAUCUGUUUAUUUAUUAUUUAGCUGUGGGUUUACACAAUGGCAGAGCCAAACACAGACGAAUUAAAGAAUCAAGCACAAUCACAA